AUGCCAGUUGCUUAAGGACUGUGGAACUCACCUCAUCGCUCCGGAUUUAGUCUUCCUCUAAGCGAGUCACCCUCUCCAGCUGUGACUCUGCAUUUUUUUGUGUUUUUGCGAUUUUUUUAUGUGAUAUUUUCGUGUGAUUUUGUCCCUUCCUCAAAACGCAAAAAAGUCAGCAAUCCCCUUCGACAAGGACCUCUCCCAAAAUAUAUUUCUACGAAAAAAAGGGAAUUAUUCAGUGAUAAUUUGAGAUUAAUUUUGUGCAAGAAAAGUGAAGAGAAAAAUUGUGCCAAAAAAAUUUACACAAAUAUCCUCAAGGCAAAACGAACUAUAUGUCGAUAUUGUGCAAAGACGAGGCAAAGGACAAAUAAGCUUUCUCUAAAUAUGUUGCUGAGUAAACCAUUUCAAUAACCUAGAGGACAAUUAGCCUGAACAUCGUGAGAGAAGAUAGGACAAAGAGCACCGACCCCAAAUAUGGACAAUUUUAGGACAUUAAGUGCAAUUGUGAUCCUCGUGAUCAUUGGCUACGUAGCGGCCAAGGAGAAGGAUAACAAGAAUGAAGUAAUCGUUAAAAUCGAUAAUAGCGACAAGACUCAAUAUCACAACGCCAAUUUUGACACAAGUUCUUACAAUUACGGCUAUGAAGUUGGUCCUAAUGGACAAUUUCACCAUGAAAUCCGUGGCCCAGAUGGUGUCACAUACGGAUGUUAUGGCUAUAUCGAUCCCGAAAGCCAUCUCCGGGCAACGCACUAUGUAGCCGAUGAGAAUGGCUACCGUGUCAUUGAACCUGAGGAUCCCGUAGAGAUCUUCCCACCCAGUGGAGAUGAGAAUGCACCCAAAGCGAAGAAGGGCAUUAUUGUGGAGUGGAAGAAUCUGUAUCUUCCUAAAGGGUGCGGAAUGCACGAAGGAGGUUUUGCCAUUGGAUCUGUUCUGAAACAAGUCGAUGGUGGUGGUUUCGUUGUGGUGAAACCAGGUGAGCCUCACCCAGGAGCUACAGUGGAUAGACCUGGAGUGAAAGGCUCAGCCAUCAAUCGCCCUUUGGUACUCCUAGAGAAUGGUGAUAUAACCGUGGCUGGACCAGGGUUUAAGGGCAUUGGAUUUGGACGACCGGGGCGUCCUGGAACCCCGGGAACUCCCGGUACUCCAGGAUCUCCAGGAUCUGAUGGAAGUGUAAUUUAUGGAGGAGCCGGAGGUACAGGAGGAUAUGGAGGGGCUGCAGGAAGUGGAGGAACCGGUGGUACUGGCGGUUUUGGAGGUGGAGCUGGAAGUGGAGGAAGUGGUGGUACUGGUGGUACCGGAGGUUUUGGAGGAAGUGGUGGUACUGGAGGUACCGGAGGCUACGGAGGUAGUGGAGGAUAUGGUGGAUCUGGAAAUUACCCAUCAGGCUAUCCUGGACCACCAGGAACUCCUGGAAAACCCGGAUCAGGCGGCUACUGGAGCAAUGGACAAUGGAUUCCUGACAAUAGUGGAAUGUAUCAUCACAUGACAGGUCCUAACGGACCCAAUGGUCCUGGAUACGUCCAUAUGACCGGACCAAUGGGUGGUUAUGGCGGCAAUGGAGGCAAUGGUGGCUCAGGAGGAACUGGUGGAGUUGGAGGUGUCGGAGGAAUAGGACCCAAUGGUCCUAAUGGACCAAAUGGUCCUAAUGGACCUAAUGGACCCAAUGGACCCAACGGACCCACAGGACCUACUGGUCCCAUUGGACCCUCAGGACCACCUGGACCUCCAGGUACUGGUGGAACCGGCGGAGUAGGAGGCGGUGGCGGUUACGGAGGCGGAUAUGGAGGAAGUGGCGGAACAGGCGGUUCAGGAGGAACUGGAGGUAGUGGAGGAUUUGGUGGAACUGGUGGUUCUGGAGGUCAUCGACCAGGACAUGGAACCCCCGGUAGACCAGGAACGCCAGGAACACCAGGAACACCCGGUAGUCCUGGGUCUGGCGGACAUCAUGUGGCUAAUCCACCACGACCAGGAAAACCAGGCGCACCAGGUACCCCAGGACGGCCAGGAACCCCAGGAACACCAGGAAAGCCAGGAAGUGCAGGACAUCCUCCACAUAAUGGACACCCUCAUCCACCGAAACCACACCCCCCACCACCUAAACCAGCCCAUCCGCCUCACAAUGGACGCCCAGGUACUCCAGGAACACCCGGACAACCUGGGACACCCGGCACUCCAGGAUUCGUGGCGGCUUAUCCUGGUUCAGAUGGUACCCCAGGAAGACCCGGAACCCCAGGAUCCCCAGGAACACCUGGGUCUCCCGGAUUUAUAGCCUACCCUGGUUUGGAUGGAACACCUGGACGACCAGGAACUCCUGGAUCACCCGGUACACCUGGAAGCCCAGGAUUUGUGGCUUAUCCUGGAUCAGAUGGAAUACCCGGAAGGCCCGGAAGCCCAGGAACACCUGGGACACCAGGUAGCCCAGGAUUUGUGGCUUAUCCUGGAUCAGAUGGAAUACCCGUAAGGCCCGGAAGCCCAGGAACACCUGGGACACCAGGUAGCCCGGGAUACGUAGUUUAUCCUGGAUCAGAUGGAAUACCCGGAAGACCUGGAAGCCCAGGUACACCUGGAACACCAGGAAGUCCAGGAUUUGUAGCAUAUCCUGGAUUAGAUGGAAUGCCUGGACGACCAGGAACUCCUGGAACUCCCGGUACACCAGGUAGUCCAGGAUACAUAGAAGUUGUACCCGCAACAGAUGGUAUUCCUGGAAGACCAGGAACUCCAGGAACACCUGGAACACCAGGUAGUCCAGGAUAUAUUGAAGUGAUUCCCGCAACAGAUGGUAUCCCUGGAAGGCCAGGAACCCCAGGAACACCUGGAACACCAGGUAGUCCAGGAUACAUAGAAGUCAUUCCUGCAACAGAUGGUAUCCCUGGAAGGCCAGGAACCCCAGGAUCUCCAGGAACUCCUGGUACACCAGGAUUCGUGUCGUUAUAUCCUGGAUCAGAUGGUAGUCCCGGAACACCUGGAACUCCCGGAACCCCGGGAUCACCAGGCAUUCCUGGUUAUGUUGUUUCUGGGUCCCCUGGAAGUCCCGGAACUCCAGGUACUCCCGGAACUGAUGGUUCGCCAGGAUUGCCUGGAUACUACCAGCAAGAUUUCUAUGCUGAAGGUGCUAUGGGAGUUCAGCCACCGCGUCCUAUCCAAAACCCUAAUUACAAUGUGGCUGUCUCUCAAUAUCCCAUCUUUAUUGUGCCAUUCCCAAUAGCCAUGGGCAAUAUCCCAAAUGCCGGAGUGUGUCCGUGCUACUUGAUGAACGGCAACAACACCAGCAAACCCACUUCCAUUAUACAGGGACAACAAUUUUCCGGUUACAUCGGACUCCUGCCCAUUCUCUUUGUUCCGUCUUGCGAUGGUAACAAUACGGGAAACAAUCAGAAUCUGAGCAAUCUCUUUUCUCAGGCCUUCACUGUGCCCUAUCAAUGCAAUCAAUGCAAUCAACAACGCCAGAGACGAUCACUAGAACUUGCAGAUGACAUCACUAGCCUGGAUAGUUUCAAACAAGUUCUAGAACUGGCAAACCUCGACCCUCAAUCGAGUAGAAUCGUGGUUAAAUCACCACAUCGAAGAUCAUUGCAGAGAUACAUACGAGAUCUCAAAGCCAUGGAGAACAUCUCCUGAAUCCGCGACAAAUUCUCUGGGAUCCCCCUUUGAAUCCAUCUAGCACAAAAUCCAUGGAUAAUCGCGACAAAAAAAAAACACUUGAAAAAUUGCCAUCAUUGCAGUUUUCCACUUUUUCUAUGCUUACGAUUCAGUAGCGUAAUUUUGAAUGAAAAUUUGCAAUAUUAAGUUAUUAUUUUACAAAUCUGUGUGGGCAGUUUAUGGAGAGUCUGUCAAAUAAUUCUUCCAAAGUCACAUAAGUUAUAUACUACUUUUGAAGAAUUACUUAACAGUCUAUCAUUAUUUCUGGGUGUAUUCAACUAUCCCUCUUGAAUAGUUCUCUUUCCCUUCCACAAUACAAUUGUCAACAUUUCCAUAGACACAAAAUUAAAAUUAAUUAAAAAAAAAACAGUAAACAAAUCAAUGUAACUUUCUUCUUAGUAAAUAAUCAAUCUUCUAGCAAGUAAGAAAUAAACUUAUUUCGAUGAUCA